GCUGAAGGUUAUGGCUCAUGCAGCGUAUGCGAGAGGGAGAAUGGACUCGCAUCUGACGAGUGUCUGCCGGUCAGUCACCGUUUGACAGGAUGCAUAUCGCUGAUUUUGUGUCUGGAUCCAUCGCAGGGGCUUGUGGAGUGGCGGUGGGCUACCCUCUGGACACCGUGAAGGUCCGGAUCCAAACCCAGAAACAGUUUACUGGAAUAUGGCAGUGUGCAGCGGCCACGUUUUCAAAAGAAGGGGUGCAUGGCUUCUUCAAAGGCAUGUCCUUACCCGUGACCACAAUCUCCAUGACUUCCUCAGUGGUGUUUGGCACAUACAGGAACUGCCUGCAAUGUUUGAGCCAGGCACGAGGCGCUGGUUGCGGCCCAAACACCAAACUAGAAAUCCUCCUGUCUGGUUUGGCGGGGGGUAUAGCUCAGGUAUCAGUGAUGUCUCCAGGUGACAUAGUGAAAGUACGUCUGCAGUGUCAGACAGAGUCCAAGCGAGGAGGAACAAGCAUGCCCAAACCCAGGUACCGUGGCCCAGUUCACUGUCUGCUGAGCAUUAUUAAAGAGGAGGGGAUCAUGGGGCUCUACAGAGGGAUGCUCCCGCUCAUGCUAAGAGACGGGCCAUCAUAUGCCAUAUACUUCUUGACUUACACAACUAUCUGUGAGUGGCUGACAGACAGCGGCAAGAAAAGACCAGAUUGGAGUGGCGUGAUGCUUGCGGGGGGAAUAGCAGGAAUGGCAGGUUGGACAUUAGGAACACCCAUGGACGUGAUCAAAGCCCGUCUGCAGAUGGACGGAGCUCAGGAGACGAAGCGGUACAAGGGAUUCUACCACUGCAUCGCUGAGACAGUGAGGGUGGAGGGAGCGGGAGUGUUCUUCAGGAGCUUAGGCAUCAACUGUUUGCGUGCAUUCCCCGUCAACAUGGUGGUUUUUGUUACAUACGAGAUCUUCACCGGUUUCCUCCGAGCCAGACCUGACGGUGUUGACCCGCCUCGUUUAGGGUUUGAAUAGUUAGUCUUGACUACCUCAAGUGUCAAUGCCUCAUGGUCUGUUGGGGUUUGUUUGUCUGUGUUUAGUGCAGUUGUUUGUUUUUACAUACAUAUUAGCAAAGACAAGAAAAUGCAUUGCAGUAUUUUUAAGGAAUGAUUGUUUCCAUCAUUAUUUGAGCUGUCUGUUACAAGUAUAAUGUUCACUUAUGUAGGGUAAUUUAUCCUAAUACGCUUAGGAGUAAUUUGUAAGUGACGGGCAGUUAUCACAGACUGAACCAGCAACCCUCUGACCACUAGAUGGAGUCCCUGGUCAGCAUUUUUUGUCUUCUUUUGCUCUAUGUUUAUGACAGGGAGAACAGUGUACCGGAGGCAAAGUUACGCCAUCGUUGAUGCCAUUCAAGAGCUUUUAAGACCUUGAAUUUAGAAUUUAUGAAUGAGCUGCAGCACGCACAAUGUACAGUAACAAGCAUGACAGCCACCCAUGCCCACACAGCAUGUAUGCAUAUUAUAAGCUCCAUGGCAACUCAUUUCCAGCGCAUUAGCAAAAUGGCACAGCUGGGCAAUCUAGAUAAAACAUUUUGGUAUGUAAAAACGUUGAUGAACUGGAUUUCUGAAAGGAUCAUUCUGUGAAUAGAAUUGGAAACAGUGGACUGUGGGUAAUCAGGUUCUGGCUAAAUGUCUGUAUCAUGUCAAUGUCAGUGUAGCAGACUACAAAAGUAGCUGCUGUUAUGGCCCGUGUUGAAAUCCUCAAAGCAAACUGUCUGUAAUGUAUGAACUCAUUUUUUAUUCCAUCCUCCUCUUGAACAUUCAUAGAAUUUUUCAUUCUCAAAAUACAAAUGCACAUUAUAAGACAACCUCGAUUCCAAAGUUGGGAACGAUGUGUAAAAUGUUAAUAAAAACAGAAUGCAGUCACUUGCAAACAAAAUGUGUUUACUGAGGACAGUUUAAUGAAGUGUUCCUGAGCCCGUGUAGUAACAUCCUUUAUGCAAUCGUUAGUUCUCAAAGUGUUGAGCCUCGUUCCGUCCUCGCUUGUGAACGACUGAGCUUUUCCAGGAUGCUCCUUUCAUACCCAAUCAUGAUACUAUCACCUGUUACCAAUCAACCUGUUUACCUGUGGAAUGUUCCACUUGUUCCAUUUAUGUUUUACAGUGUUGCAGCUUUUUUGGAAUCAGGGUUGUCCUGUUGGUGAUGGGACAUAUUAAGGGCAGAUGUUUGGUUUCAGAGCAGGAGAGAGUGAAAUUCUUCUUCCGAGAUCUUAAAUCAGGGGAAAAAAUAUGGAUAUUUCUUAUAAUUUAUUUGUAUCAUUAUGAUGAACAUGCUUAUUGUGCCUUCCAUAAUAAAGGUAGUUGUACAAUAUUA